CAUGCGCAGUGCGAUUCGCUGGCUCCGGCGCUUGCGCAGUGUGCUGGUUACACAGAGCCGGCCAGCGGCGGCGGCGCAGUUACCGGGUGUGCGGGAGUACCUCCAUCGCUCGGCCAUGUCUGACUGCGACUCAGAGGAUUACUCUUCCUCCGAGGAUGAGGAUUAUGUUCCCUCAGGUGGAGAAUACAGUGAAGAUGACGUGAAUGAGUUGGUGAAGGAAGAUGAUGAACCAGAGGACGGAGAAGGAAAAGUGUCGCGGAAAACAGAAAAGAAGAAUAAUAAUUCUAUUUUAUCAAGGAAACGGAAGAGAGGCGUGCUGGUUCUAAAUUCUGAAGACUGCGCUGGUAAAAGUGUGGACGCAGCUGACAUCUCUGAUGAAGACCAUGCAAGGGAGUUUGAUGAGGAAAAGAAACAGAAACUGGAGGAGGCUCGGAAGAAGAGAGAAGAUUCCCUCUGGUCUAGUUUUCUUUCUGAUGUCGGCCAAAAAGCAAAAAUCCAGACUCCAGCACCAAGCACCCAGAACAGCCAGACGCAGUCGGAGAAACCCGAGGAUUCCAAUGUGUCUUCAGAACAAGAUGCAGAGACCGCGCCGGCGUCCAAGAAAGUGACCAUUACUAAAGUGUUUGAUUUCGCUGGUGAAGAAGUCCAGGUGACUAGAGAAGUGGAUUCCUCGUCCAGGGAAGCCAAGGCGUUUAUCAAACAGCAGAAAGAUCAGCUGGAUCCGAAUCCCAUUCCUCCUAAAACCAGUAUAGCAGCUAGCUCAGGUGUGAAGAGACCGGGGGGCGUCGGCAGCAUUCUGGGAAAAUUGGGCUCCAAGAAGCAGAAGAUGAGCACACUGGAGAAGUCCAAGCUGGAUUGGGAAUCUUUCAAAGAUCAAGAGGGGAUUGGAGAAGAGUUGGCCAUCCACAACCGGGGCAAACAUGGGUACAUCGAGAGGAAAGCCUUCUUGGAAAGAGUAGAUUACCGACAAUUUGAACUGGAACGGGAAAUCAGACUUAAAAAUAUGAAGCCGGCGUAGAUUUUACAGACUUUUGGAGAUAUGGAAAUGCUACCGGUGGCUUUUCUGUGUUCCGGAUGUCGGAGCGCCAGCAGCAGGCUACAGAACGGGGGCUGAGGUCACUUCCUGGCAACGUGGGGUUUGGAAAAUGUAUAUAUUUGGACUGUAAUCGGAACGUUUUGUCUUCUACGCUCUGCAGGAGUUUAUUUUUACUGAUGUUGAAAUGUUUUUGGGUGUUUUAAAUAAUAUAAAAAAUAUAAAAAAUCAGAAUUAGUGCCGUUCUGUCACUGAAUGGUUUAAAAGACUAUGAAAUAACAGGCGUAUCUUUGUCAGUGACCAGUUCAGGUAAUUUUAUAGCAUGUGGAGUGUUAGGGAAUUGGUUGGAAAAGUGAAUUUGUUACUCCCAGCAAAAAACCCAAAACACAUUAGAUUUACAUCUGAAUUGGUGCAUACAUUGCUUGUCGUAAACUGCAUACGUGUCUACACUACAGAGCAAAGGCAGCAGCUGAUUGGCUGGUACUUCAUCUCUCUCUUUAGUACAUCUCCCCCCCAUACUUUAUUUAUUUUAUUUUUUGUAGGCACAGCUAAAAAACAUUCUUUAUUACUGAAACAUUCCAAAACUGCAGUAUACAGGUGUCAUCAUUAUGAAAUCAUAUACUGUGUUUAUUAAAGCAUUAGUGCAAUACGAAAACCUGACCCACGUUGCAGUAAAGCUGCAGAGUAAUCCGUUAUCAAUCAGGAAUAAUGAAGUAGAUUAAUAAUAAAUUAACAUGACAUAUAAAAGAAACAGACAAAUCUAAGGUGAACAUUAUAGUGACUUCCUUGUUUCACCCUUGUGCUUUUGUAACAAAACGGAUGUUAUGUGAUUAAAAAAAAGUUUACAAAUA